AUGCGCUGCUUGAUAGUUCUCUCCGUCGCCACUGUAACAGUACUAGCCUACGGUCGACAGAGCUCCGGCUAUGAGACUGCUGAACUGUAUCAACCAGCACCUGCAGUUCCUCUUAGCGCUGACGGUGGAAACCAACAGGCAUACAACUCCGACGGUGCCACAGUAGUAGUUUCUUCUCCACCACCUACUCCAGCAGUUCUUCCAAUUUCAUCUGUUGCACCUGUUACCAGCACUCUUAUCACCACUGGUCCAGCUCUUGUUCCGGUAGCGGGAGCUAUUCCUAUUGGCACCAAUGGAGGACUCACCGGUGUUACUCGAGGAGCAGUGAGUGUAGGACUCACUAGUGUUAAUUCAGGAGUGCCCGUUGCCACCAAUGGGGGAUUCAAUGGUGUUAACAUUCCCGUCGUUACCAGAGGAGGCAACACUGCUACUCUAGGAGCUAGUCUCGUCCGCGCUAAUGGAGGACUCAACGGUGCUACAGGGGUUUUGAUUACCGUCGGCAAUGCCAAUGGACUUAGACGCCGCUUUUUCCGCCAUCGUGUUCGCCGUGUUCGUUUCUAA